CUGUGUAAUCAAAGAGCAUUGCACUCUUAUGGAUCUCACACGGUUCAUGAAGCUUUCCAUUUGUUGCUGACAGAACCAUCUGUUCAGAAAAUGGUUCUCUCGUUAUCAUCCGAUAAAGCUGUUUGGGAUGCUGUUUUGAAUAAUGCUGUUGUUCAAGAGCUGCGGGAAACCUACUAUGCAGAUGAAAACACUGAUCCACUAACUUCUGAGAGCUCAGACGAGACUGGUGAGGAAACCAAUCCAGCUUUGAAUUUUGUGAAGUGGAUAUUUGACAACACAAGAGCGAGGGUUGUGGAAGUGAUCGAGACAGUAACAAAGCUGGUGAACGAGCUGUUUAAGCCACCAGCUGAUGAGAAGACAUCAGCAGGAGCCAAGGAUCCAUUUGAGGACAAGCUGAGAAGCUCGUUCCUGCUUUCCAUUAUGGUCCUGCUGAUCGUGGUUGCGACUCGAGUCCAGAAGGCUUGAUCACCAUAAUUUGAUGACGCGACAGGUAGUAUUUCUCCCAGUGGUGACUUUUACUAUGGAAGGUCCCGAAUGGGUUGCUUAACUUGAGUCCUUCAGCUCAAGUUAUGCUCGUGGACAUGGCAGUGCAUGUUAUGUAAUGAAUUUAACUUGUUUGGCAAGACGGUUGCUAUUGUGGACUUGAAUCCUCUUGGCAGGUUGUAUAUAUAUAAUGUGGUUUGUGAAUGUUAAGCUGUUUUUGUUGAGCAAUCCUAGCUUGUAAAGUGGGGUGGAGUUUCCAAAUUCAUGUUCCAUGGAAUCCAUGUUUAUGUUUUCAUUAUUGAGGUCUAUAUAUGGCUGUAAUUUUUUUGAGUCCAGAUGAUUUUGAAAUCA